UGAGACUGUGUGUGUGGAGGAGAGAGCAUUGGAGCCUGUGAGAGAAGGCAGGAAAGAAAAAGGGAAAGGGGGGGCAGGAGGACAGAGAGAGAGAAAGAGAACAGGAGCUUGUGAAGAGAGGGAGGGAGGGAGCUUCAGGCAGCGAGGCUGGACUACCGCUCAAACACUGCAGUCUUUCUUUUGCUUCUCUGAGGAAGCUGUCUUUCUCUUCUCGCUGCCUGUCUCUCCUUCUUGCUGCUUCUUCUCUCGCUGCUUGGCCAUGACCCUGGUGGACACCUUGAUCUCCUUGCCCACCUAGAGAAGAGGAGAGAAAACGCUGUAGCGGAGGAGGGAGACGAGAGGAGGGGACAACCGCACACUUUGCUUCUCUGAUGAGAGUCUGGAAAUUAAUUAACCACCAUCAGCACAGGGGGGGAGAGCAGAGAGGGGCUCAGGAUUAGAAUAAGAGGGAGUUGAAGAGAGUGAUUUGUUAGAUGAGAGUGGAGAGACGCAGAACAACCCCUAGACACUUUUCAGAGACAAAAGGUUCAAGUUAGGGCAGGAACUAAAGAAGCAAGGAGGAAAUUGGGCAAGGCAGGAAUUCCACAGGGAUACAAAUUGAAGAAGCCAAAGAAUGGUCUGCUCAUCAGCGUCAUUCAUCCUUUCAUGCCUUCUUCCAUUCUUCCUCUCACAUCCAUAACACCAUUCUUCCCGCUCGCCUCCUUUUCUAUCUUAGUUCUUUUUUUUUUUUGCUCCGUGCAUGUCAGCAAAAGCACAUCGCCAGUCACAUGCCGAACACUCAGACGCAACUAAGACCAGAGAGUAGUGUUUCAUUCUCAGCGGACAUGCGCUCUGUCUCUGAGUAAAAGAAGUUGAUUAACCAAAGCAGGGGUGCUGUUAUUUGCCAGCCAGGAAGCACCUGCUCAGGAAUUUCUCAUGAGACCAGGUAGGACCAUUUCUGGAUCAUUUUGGCAAGCCCAAGGCGCUAGAGAGGUCAAACUCUCCAAGCAUUUACCUGAUUGAACCUUUAUGAGAUGAAACUGCAGAUCAGCUUAUCUGGGAGCAUCACACCUGUGUGCGAGGGAUUAAAGAGAUAGGGAUGUGCAGAUGUGUACGUGUAUGUUGGGAUUAUGUCCUAAAUGUUCAGAUUUACACAGAUGUUGUGGCAGGAUUAUGCAAACUGUCCUGCAGAAUAUAUAAUAUAUAAGAUUCAAAAAUAGCAAGUCGGUUGAAGUGAAUGGCAGCAUAUUGUUUUCUCUCAGAUUACAUCAGAUCACGUGUGAUCCCACUCUGGGUAUAAUUAAAUCAGUAGUUCAGGAGUUUAAUUAUUUUGAGGCUAGGUUAGAAAUACUACUGAAAUCCAUCUCGCAGCCCCCCCUCAGUGGAAUACCUCUUUGUCCCUCGCUGUGGACUUUGUUCAGACCUGAAGUGCACAGAGUGACUAUUAAAGACUCCUAAAGGCUCAUUCAGCUUCCAUUAUGAGACGCUCGAGCACAGACGAGACUCCAUAUCGGCGCAGUCCAUCUCUGGACAGCAAACCCGACACGCCGCCGUUCACUUCUGGGUUUCACCGCUUUAGCGGAGAGUUCGAGUAUAAGCGGCCACCGUUUGCGUUCGGCUUUCACACGACAAAGGGGCCGCAAACAUCCAAGGGACGCUAUGCCCAGGGCAAGAAGUAUGUGGUGUUUUACCUGGACCUCUCCUUCAUAUUCCUCCUAGAACUGCGGCGCUGCAGGAUGGCUGAGGGUUGCAUGAUGGCCCUGCGAUAUGGAAUGGUCUUCUUCAAUCUCCUCUUCUGGUUGGGAGGAUGUGGCAUCCUGGGCGUCGGGGUCUGGCUCUCAGUGACCCAAGGGAACUUCGCCACCCUGUCAUCAUCCCUUCCCUCCCUGUCUGCAGCCAACCUGCUCAUCGCAGUGGGGACGAUCAUCAUGGUGAUUGGCUGCCUCGGCUGUGUGGGAGCUGUCAAGGAGAGCCGUCCUCUGCUGCUGACAUUCUUUAUCCUGCUCCUGCUCAUCUUCUUCCUGGAAAUUCUGUCUAUCAUGCUUUUCUUCAUCUACCAGGAUGAGAUUGACCACUACGCCCAAAGAGAUCUGAAGAAGGGUCUGCAGCUCUUUGGCACAGAGGGCAACGUGGGUUUGACCAACGCCUGGAUGAUAGUACAAACUGAUUUUCGUUGCUGUGGAGUGACCAACCACACAGACUGGUUUGAGGUUUACAACGCCAGCCGCGUGCCAGACUCCUGCUGCCUGGAGUACAGCGACAACUGUGGCCUGGACAACCCGGGAACAUGGUGGACAGCGGUGAGUUCAGACAUAUAA